UGAUUUGUUGCGCUAAACGUUGGGUUAAAAAACUCAUAACAAAACAAAAGAAACUUUUGUUUGCAUUAAAUGACAUACAGUUUGGACUCAUUAAUCAAAUUAAUUAAAUUCAUUAAUUGAUUGAUUGAAAUCACAAGACUUGUAGUGAUUGUUAUUAUCCAUUGAUUUGAUUGAUUAGUUGUUGAUCACAGAUGUGGACAACAAUGUGAUUAUCACUUGUCUGGCGACCAAAAACAUCAACUGAAGUCUCAAUUUGUUUGCAAUUGAUGUCUAAUUCGGAGAUAAUGAGUGAAUCGGGUGAUCAUAAUAAUGGUAUGUCUGAUCUCAAAGGCGAAGACCAACUGCCCGAAGACUAUGAGCCGAAAAUUUUCUAUCGAUUCGGUGAUACAGUGGACGCCCGAAGUAUAUUUGAUGUUUUUAAAACCCGAAGAGCCAGUGGACCCGUUGCGCAUAUGUCAACGUCUGUCGAUAGUUUGGCCUACAAUAUGAAGCACCGAAGUCGCGGCAAAUGUAUUAUAAUUAAUAACCGCACUUUUGAUGGUUACACACGACUUCCCGAACGAAGAGGAACYGAAAUGGACGGCAAAGCACUUUAUGGCACUUUUCGGUCACUAAACUUUGAAGUCAACAUUUAUAACGAUCCGAUGGCUAAAGAGAUUAUCACUAUUUUAGAGAACGUGUCCAAAGAUAAUCACAGUCAUAAUGACUGUAUAGUUGUAUGCAUUUUAACCCACGGAGAACAGGGCAUACUUUGGGCCAGAGAUGAGAAGUAUUGUACUGAUUCUGUGUUCAAUUUCUUCAAAGGCGAUCAGUGCCCCACUUUGGCCGGAAAGCCUAAAAUGUUUUUCAUACAGGCCUGUCAGGGCGACCGAUUGGACGCUGGCGUUGCUCUCCAGAAAGGUUCCGAUGUGACUGACAGUGGAAAUGAUUUCUAUAGGAUUCCCAAUUAUGCAGACUUUUUGAUCGCCUAUAGCACUGUUCCCGGCUAUUAUUCGUGGAGAAACACAACUCAAGGCUCGUGGUUUAUACAGGCUUUAACUCAAGUGUUAGGAAAAUACGCUUCAAAUAUGGAUCUGUUGACAAUGAUGACAAUCGUGAGCCGUAUAGUAGCCUAUGAUUACGAGUCUAACGUUCCCAAUGACCCGGAUUUUCACGAGAAGAAACAGAUCCCAUGCGUGACAUCAAUGCUUACGCGACUUAUUUUCUUCACUCCUAAAGUUUAACAAUAAUUUACUCAUAAAAACCUUAAAUUAUAAUUUAAUUAAAAAAUUUAAUGAUAAAUAUAUAUACA